AUGACAGGUCAAGAGACUGGGCUAAACUGGACUAAGGUUUAUAACGUGGCAUCAAGGACUAGGACAGCACUGUCUGGGGAUAACAUUUCACUCCCGCAGUCUGCGCUUGAAGAAUUGCUAGUGAGGUCAAGCACACUAGGAAAGACAAACAGUCAUACAGCUAGUGGUAACCAAUAUCCUUCAACACCAGCUCUAUCUACAGCCUCAUCGGGGCGGGAUACGCACCAGGAACUCCCUUAUCCUCUCACCUUUCUACUGGUCAACCCUCAAAAUGAUAAAAGGGUUUACACAGGAAUCAAGGAGUUCUCCAUGGAAGAGAACGAGAUUGGGCUAAGCCCAUUCUUACUUGAAGCUUUGGAGAUAAGUACAGCUUCAAGAAAUGAAUUAAAAGAUGAGACCGACACUCGAUCCAAUCCAGGGCAAAUGUCGCGCGAGUCUAUAGAUACAUCGAUGCCACAAAUAACGGUAUCUUUAAAACUUCUACCGAAAGGCGUAUAUGUUCGAUUGCGACCGCUGGAAUCAGGAUAUGAUUCAGAUAAUUGGAAAUCGUUACUGGAGAGAAGCCUACGUCAAAACUUUACAACAUUGACAAAUGGAAAGGUCCUAAAAAUAAAUGCUUCGAGAACCCAAGAAUUCAGUUUCCUCAUUGAUAAACUUUUACCUGCAGGAGACGGGAUUUGUGUGAUUAAUACUGACUUAGAGGUGGAUAUUGAAGCUUUAAAUGAAGAACAAGCAAGGGAAACCCUCAUGAAGAUACAGCCUAGACCCUCUAACCCUAAUACAUCCAAUGUAAGUUCUACGGGAGGGGAGCUGAAUUUAUGGAAGCAGUCGGAGGGAAAGGUGUUUCAAGGUCAAUACGUUGACUACAUACUUCCUUCCUGGGAUCGAUCUCAGGGGAUUAUCGUGGAAAUGAGUGGGAGCCAUGUGCAACUGCUAGUAAGCCCGUAUUCUUCACAUCAGCGGGCCAGACCACGGGAAGAUGAGCACGUUUGGGGUAGGUUGGAUACGGAGAGUAUUAAGAGAAUCACUAUCUUCCCAUCCGACCUCGACUUGGAAAAGACUGAAGCUAUUUACAUUUCACUACAUGUUCAUGGUAGUAGAUCUAUAGCUCACAUGUUUUCUCUCCAAGUCAUGCCAUUGACUUUAUCCAUGAGCUCUAGCCAGCCUCCCGAUAUAGAGAAAAAUGAAAUAGUGCAUGAUGAGAACACAGAUCAGUGUAAGACUUGUCUCCAGUGGAUUCCUAAGCGAUCGAUGCUCAUCCAUGAAAACUUUUGUGCGCGAAAUAAUAUAAUUUGUUCCAAGUGCCAAAAAGUAUUCAAAAAACAGUCAUCUGAAUGGCAGCAACACUGGCAUUGUGAAUUUGAUGCUAGUCAUGGCGAGACUCUAGAGGAAAAAACAGCACAUGAUGAGGUUUUUCAUACCCCGAGGUCGUGUCCACAUUGUCAUCAUGAUGCUACAAACACGCUAGAGCUUGCAGCUCAUCGAACUUCUGUUUGUCCCGGGAAACUGAUUCUAUGUCAAUUUUGUCAUCUUGAAGUUCCUCAAGAAGGAGAUCCUCUGAACCCAUCGGCAGAAACUUUAAUCACCGGUCUCACUGCCCAUGAAGUCCUGGAUGGUGCGAGAACGACUGAAUGUAGGGUCUGCAAUAAAAUUAUUCGACUCCGGGAUAUCUGUAGUCAUCAGAAGCAUCAUGAGUUGGAGAAUUCCAAUAAAUCUAAACCGCAGGUCUGUAGAAAUAUGAAUUGCAGUCGGACUUUGGAUAGUGUGGAGAUGCUUGGGAACACUGGAAAUUCAUUAGGACUUUGUAGCAUGUGCUUUGGUCCACUGUAUGCCAACAUAUAUGAUCCAGAGGGCAAAGUAUUGAAGCGGCGUAUUGAGCGACGCUAUCUUACCCAACUGAUCUCAGGCUGUGGGAAGCCUUGGUGCUGUAAUGAGUACUGUAAGACAAGCCGAAAACUAGAGUUGACAUCUCGUACCGCCCUCCCUAUUAUAAAGCCGUUGAUCCAAAAUCUUGACAAUGGCGACUUUUACUUUUGUGUGGAUGAAAAGUGUCAGCAAGCUAGGAAUCUGGCGAAUAUGAUGGCAGCAGAAAAAGUGUUUGAGCUAGAGUGGUGGAUAGCCGCUCUGGAAGUUCGAGAAAACCUUGAUGAUGCAAUGACGUGGCUCAGAGAUCAUGCACCAAAAUCAUUCUAG